AUGUCAAAGAAACAUAAUGGUGAUAAAAAAGAUAAGAAGAAACAAAAGACAAGUUCAUCGUCUUCUUCAUCGUCGUCUUCUCUGAGCGCACAACAACAGCAACAGCAACAACAACAGCAGAAAGGUGGUGGUAGCGGUGGAUCGAUUAUCAAUCCCAAUGGAUGUCAACAACUACCGACUUCACAGACGCUGCCCGUCGAACAACUGGUUCGUUACGCACCAGAGUGUCUGCUAUUCACACAGCUCCUCGAGUUUGAGAAGAAGAUCGAUAGCGCCAUCACAAAGCGACUGGUCGACAUGCAAGAAGCACAGAAAUCGAGAUCGAGCAAACAGUUUCGUACAUUGCGUCUCUCGAUCUACAAUACCUAUGCUUGUCAAUCGGCAUACUAUCAUCUCGAUAACAAGGCAAUGAUGUCGGUCACCGAGAAGCCGUCGUGGACACUCAGAAUCGAAGGUCGUCUACUAGACGAUCCUUUUUCGCUUGGUGGCGGUAGUGGCGGUGGAAGUGGAAUCGGUGGAGUCGGUGGUAUCGGUGGAGUCAGUAGUGUCGUUGCAGGAAGUUCAGGUAGUAGCAGUGUUUCCAAACAGUCUGGAUCAUCUACAAAACAACAGAAACGUAAAUUUAGCUCAUUCUUUAAAAAGAUAUUCGUACAGAUUGGACAUCGCGAUAGUUGCGAAUGGGACAAGUCGCAAUCGUUCGCAGAGACCGACGGAUUUGAAAUCAAGAGAAACGGCAAUCAGGAGCUGGACAUUAAGAUUCUUAUGCACCUGGAUCAUACACCACAGAAGAGCAAAGUACUCGGUCCACUCUCACAACUCCUAAACAUACACACAGACACCAAGCCAAAGAUUAUAGCAUCGCUCUGGCACUACAUAAAGAUCAACAAACUCCUAGACAUCGAGAGUAAAAAGAUUAUUUGUGAUGAAGCAUUAAAGAAUCGUAAACAUGGCUUCAUGGAGAAACUCUCGGAGGAUCCACUCGGAUUCCUCAGUGAGCUCGUCCACCAACAGAUCAAAGACUAUCAGAUUUCGAAAUCGAUGCCAUCGACCGGAUUCGAAGAGGAACGUCACUCGUCGUUCUACUACCAACCAAUGAUGGAAGACACCGUACAACGAUUCCUAUCGAAACAAGCAACACCCACACCAACACCACAAACAGUGGUUCCAUCAACACCACAAACAGAUUCCAGUAGUUAA